CUAGAAUCCACCCGCAUGCAAAUAUGGUGUCACAGACGGUUCAGCCUCAUCUCUAAAUUCCACACAUAAGCUCCAGAGAGAACAGAACCACAUUCAUCUCCUUUUUGCUCUGUCAUUGAUUGCAUGAAACACAUGAUGGUCUCCAGCCUAUGAUUCUGAACUUGCUGCAGCCACCUGGCAAAGACAACAGACUUACAGUUUAACAUCUACAGCCUGAAAAUGAAUUGUGCAAAAGUCCUCCAUGCCCUUGGGAGUCACCCCCAGCCAGCUGUGAUGCCAGUCGACCUCGCCAGGUGUCUGAGCCUCAGCCAGCGUCAACCUCUUAAUCAACUGAUGUCCAUGGCUCUUCUGAAACCCGCUCAGCGUCGUUAUCAGCCGACCGACUGUCCGCCGAGGACACACUCUCCACGUCCCUCCUCUUCUUCCCCCCCCUUGUCUUCACCCCCGUCUCAGCCUUCCUCCCCUGUGCCCUCGUCGCCUCGGAGCUGCUUCCGCAGAGACAGCGGCGGUCUGACCAAGAAGCACGUGGUCUUCGCAGACGCCAAGGGAUUGGCUCUCACUGCUGUGCGGCUAUUCAUCCCUGAGCCUUCUUCCCCUGCUUCUACUCUGAUGAUGAAACCCUCCCUUGCCAGACUGCAAGGCCAACAGUGGACCUCAAACAAACUGCCACGCUACAAGUUGCGGCUGGGAUUCCCUCAGCCGACACUUGACUUUAAAGCCUUCCACGCACGACUGAGAGACACGUGCGUGCAGUUGGAGAGCUGCAACAUUUCAGAGCACACUUUGAGUGGCAAAGUGCGCGUCUCCCAUGCCAGUAUUGACAAGGCCGUGCAUGUACUGGUGACCUUUGACUCUUGGCGGAGCCACCAUGACAUUCCCUGCACAUUCCUGCAUCAGCAGCGCUACGGCGGUGCCGAUAUGGACGUUUUCGCCUUUGACCUAAGCUUACCAAAGAACAUAGAUGCAAAUGAGCGAGUCGAGUUUUGGGUGUCCUUCAAGCCUGGACCUGGCGCGACGCUACACUUGGACAACAACAGGGGGCAGAAUUACAAGGUGUUCGUGGAAAAAGAUGGAUCAGAUGGUUACCAAGGCGAUGGGUACCAAGGCAAUGGUUAUCAAGGCGAUGCUUUCCGUUGUUACACCACACUUUCAAAAAAUCAGCCACCGUCGUGGCCUUCGUAUGGGCCCCUCGGUACGCAGAACUCUGAUCCACAGUAUCUUCAGAGGGGUUUGUCAAACAGGGUCAGAGAGUGGAAAACCAUCCAUUCACCUAAGUAGAGCAGUGAAAUUAGAGCUAUGAGAAAAUGUAAAUUAUGUGACUGUGUUAAUUAAGAAAUAUUUAAGAGAGAGUUAUGGCUUUUAAGAAUGUAUGGUCUUUCUCAAAUCCCCAGUGCUGAAUGGUCUGAAGCCUACUGUUCAAUAACAGCUCAACUACCCUGCUGAAAUGUGAAUAAUACAUGCUAAGUUAAUAUUCUGAUUAAAUCCAUUUAUUUAAAGAA